GAAAACAUAUAAUCUGAAACAAUAAAUUUUUUUUUUUCAUUUUAUUUAUUUAUUUGUUUUUAUUUAUUUUUGUUUAUUUAUUUAAUUUUAAACCAAUGAUAUUAAGGAUAGAUUACUCUUUAAUGAAUAUUAUUUUUGUGACUUUCUUCUUCUAGUGCUAUUUUUGAGACAUAAAUUUUAAAAUGUGCGAUUAUUGACAAUUGACCAAAAAUAAAUAUUGAUUAAUAUACAAUAAACACAAUCUUUAUUUUGGAAACGCUCAUUUUGAGGAUGGAACCGUGACCGCUUCAAACGUAUAAAUACUCAGUAAACGAUAUCUCGGCACCGUUUCACACCGAAAAGUUACCACUUUUCUAUCUCACUUUCGAUCACUCCGGCCAUUAUAAUCUGCCGGCGACUCAAAUCUAAUCCUCGGGUUUUCGUCUCGUGAUGCCUGGGAUGGAUCGGAUCAGCGAGUUGCCAGAAUCUUUACUUAGUCAAAUACUCUCAUACAUACCGACAAAAGAAUCGGUGCAGACAAGUGUUUUGUCUAAGAGAUGGGAGAAUGUGUAUCUAAGUGUACCCGGUCUUGACUUAAACUGCUCUGUUAUUCCUAAUUAUAAUGCUGAUGAAGUGAUCUUAAGCUUCUUAAGCUUCAUUGACAAGCUUCUCGAGUUUAGCCCUGAGUCAAGUCUCUUUAAAGUCACGGUUAAGUGCAGGGGCAUGUUGAUAGACGGGUUCAGCGACCGGAUCGGUACGGUGAUUGACCGAGGGACACAGCAACUUGAUGUUGUGAGCAGUACAGAUUAUUACGAGGACUCUUUUGGUCAUGCCUUACCGGGUGUAGACUUCAUGCCUAUGAAUCUCUACACGAGCAAGACAUUGGUUUACUUGAAGCUCACGUCGUCUGGUCUUGGUGAUCCUGGUUUUGUUUUCAUGCCUUGUCUUAGGUUCUUGCAUCUUGAAGAAAUUAAAUGGCGUGUGCAUCUGGAGAAAGUCCUCUCAGGGUGUCCUGUUCUUGAGGAGCUGACUUUGGUGAGGGAUUUGGAUGAUGAUGAUUAUGCACGUACGGAUGAAGAAUUUAGGGUUAUGCGUGUGAGGUCUCAGAGCUUGAAGAGGUUUAGUGUGCUGCCGCUUAGGGAGGCAAGGGAUUACCAUUCCAGAGUGGAAUGCACACUUGAGAUUGAUGCUCCUGGUCUUGAGCAUAUGAGUCUCGGAGAUGAUCAGUUUGAUAGCAUUGUGGUAAAGAAGCUGCCUUCUUUGUUGGUGGUUGAGCUUGAUAUCAAGUUCUUUGUCAAGGUUGGCGUGCUUUUUAAUACUUGGGACGUAUCAAAGAGCAACGAGAUCCGCGAGUUUCUCAAUGGGAUAUCGAGUGUGAGAGAUAUGAUCAUCUCUGGGAUGACAGUGCAUGCCUUUGAACAUUAUUCAAAAGCAGGAAUCAUCCCCAAGUUCAACAACUUGUCCCGUUUACAAGCAGUGUUCCAUGGCAAGUUAUUGCAGUUUCUGCCAGCCUUUCUUGAGUGUUGCCCCAAUCUGAAACACCUAAUCUUGAAGGUUGUUCAUUCAGAGGAGAUGGAGGAAGGAUUGGAACUCACGGAUGUGCCACAGUGUGUGUCAUCGACUCUUGAGUGUGUUGAGAUAAAAGAUAAGUUUGAAUGGGAGGAAGGGAAGAUGAAAGUAGCCAGUUACUUUCUUGAAAACUCAGCAGUACUGAAGAAACUCAUUCUGAGCCCCACAGCUUAUGAUCCUCGAUAUGUUGUGGAAUCAGAAAUAUACGACAAGGUUAAUAAACUCACAAAACGGUCUACAAGAUGUGAAGUUAUCAUUCGAGCGCAUGGAGGAGGUGUAGACAAAGGUGACAAGGAGAAGACGAUCUGGAAACCAAAAGGAACAUCAACUUCAGAAACGUGUUCUGUUUCUGAAACAGAGAAGAAGAAUGAGAUAAUGGACUUGAGAGACAAGACUCCAAGGGCAGAAACAAGCUUUUACUAAACACGGAAUGGGCUUGCAAGAAGAAGAAUUAAAGCCCAUUCAGAAUCAGAAAACAGCAACGGCUACUACAAGUUAUGAAAGGCAAAACAGAGAAAAGGACAAGUCUUGUGGUCCUGGAAAGUACGAACUAGAAGAACCAAUAGUGUUGAAGAAUCGCUUCCAACCGUUGGAAUCCAAUGAAGAGAUGUUGCUCUAAUUGACAGCAAGGAGAUAGACUAGGGUUUCCUCUCUUUGGUAUAAAUACAGCUUAAGCGAUUGUAAUAAACUUCAAGCAAGAAAUAUAAUGAAAACAUUCAGUUUAUAUUAGUCUCUGUUCUAGAUCUCUAGAUCUUCUUCUUGCUUACAGGAGGUCGUUGACAUUGAUGAGUCUUCUUCUUAGUUCUGGUUGGAUUCUUUGUGAACAUUGGUGCUGAUAAAAGUUCUUCAUUGUCAGUAUGCCUGCGAAUCUUUUUUUCAUUUUUUUUCAGAAGUCCCAAUCUCAGUUUCUUGGAUGUCUUUUAGAUAAUGAUGAUCUUGCAUUCUCUUAAGUUUGGUUUUAUAUGUUUUAUACCUUAAUUAAUAUCCCAAAAAUUUAAGUAUUAUUUGGUUCAGAUUGGAGAAAAAAUUAUUUAUAUGAACUAUAAAAUAUAAAUUCCUGAAAACGAUAUAAAUACUAUAAGUUAAACAUGCUAAUAUGCUACUGUAGAGAAAAACAGAAGUACGUUAGAAAUGUUCUUAGUCGAAACUUAAAGAAAGAAGAAGACGAGAGAAAAUGUGUUUUCUACAAUGAGAGAGAGACUCGCUUUUACUAUCAUGAUUACAAAUUAUAUCUUUGUAUAUAUUUUACCAACAUGCAUGCGAUUUGGCAGAAUGUUGUGAUAGACUUCUCAUUAUUUUUUUAGUUUGGUUAUGUCAUUCCUUAACGUGAUUUACUAUUCACGAUUCAGCUACGGCUGCUGCAACCGGGUCAUGUACAAGAGCCUACCAAAUAAGGAUGACGAGAAUAUCCGAGUUUUUGGACCUUUGUAGUUGUUAUAGCUAGAAAUCAGAAAGGUCAGCUCGUCAACCUAACCCUUGUAGUUUGGUUUUCUCAUGUAUAAAAGGGCUUGUAGAUUGUAUAUGAGCUCCUUAGAAUGGUGAUGAUACCAAUUCAAAUCAUAUGCAUCGUAUUACUAAAUGCAAUUUGUAAACUGAUCAUUUGUUAUUAUAUUUUCUUUUUUCA